CCUAGACCACAAAACGCCUUCAUAUUAUAUCGAAGAGAUAAAGCUAAAAAGCACAAAAAUGAACAUAAAGGGUUAAGGUCAUGCGAUAUUUCAAAAAAAAUCGCAAAAAUGUGGAGUGAGGAAACCCCGGAAGUAAAGGUUUUAUUUGAGGCUUUGUCAAGAUUGUCAGAAAAAGCCCAUAAUAAAAAAUACGGAAAUUACAAGUACAGGCCAAUGUCGAAAAAAGACAGAAAU